UGUCAUAUGUCAAGCACUGUGCCCAAGCAAUCCAAUACAACAAAGCUUUUAAAUUAUAAAACCAGUAACCACACUCUCAAGAUGCAUAGAACGUUGGGCUCUUUGGUAGCUGAAGUUGGAGAGAAGAUGAAAGCAAUGUGGUUAUGUCCAAAGGUUUCGGGUUUUGAUCCUUCUGAAAGAUGGGGUCACUCUGCUUGCUUCUUCAAUGGCCUUAUGUAUGUCUUUGGGGGCUGUUGUGGAGGGAUGCAUUUCAGUGAUGUUCUCACUUUGGACCUUGAUAAAAUGGUUUGGAGGAAGGUCACAACCACAGGCGAAAAUCCAGGUCCUAGGGACAGCCAUAGUGCUGUUAUUGUAGGCCAUAAGAUGAUAGUGUUUGGUGGCAGCAAUGGAUUCAAGAAGGUGAAUCAUAUUCAUAUUCUUGAUCUUGUCACCAAAGUGUGGGUUAGUCCUGAAUGCAAAGGGACACCUCCUUCGGCCCGGGAGAGCCAUACGGCCGUGCUCGUUGGCGGCUAUAGACUAGUGAUCUUUGGUGGUAGUGGGGAAGGCAGAGCAAACUAUUUGAAUGAUUUGCACAUUCUUGAACUAGGAACCAUGAGAUGGACUUGCCCUGAAUUGAAAGGUGAAUUUCCUGUCCCUAGGGACAGUCAUAGUACCAUUGCCAUUGGGAACAAGCUUAUUGUAUAUGGUGGAGAUUCAGGUUAUCAGUACCAUGGAAACAUUGAUAUUCUUGAUAUGGAAACAAUGACUUGGUCUAAAUUGAGAAUUCAAGGUUCUUCACCUGGAGUCAGGGCAGGUCAUGCUGCAGUAAACAUUGGAACCAAGGUCUAUAUCAUUGGAGGGGUUGGAGAAAAACGUUACUAUAAUGACAUUUGGAUCUUUGAUAUAUGCACUUGUUCAUGGACUCAACUCUAUAUAACUGGUCAAAAACCACAAGGGCGAUUUUCUCAUACUGCUGUUGUUAUAGACAUGGAUAUUGUCAUCUAUGGCGGGUGUGGUGAAGAUGAAAAUCCUCUCAAUGAAUUGUUAGUUUUGCAGCAUGAAGCAGAGCCAAAUCCACGUUACAACGCGGUACAUAUAGAAGUUUGUAGCAAUUAUUGGCAUAAUGUGAAAGAACUAACAAUGUGUUUUGUUUUGCAUCAGAAAACUAUGUUGAUGGGGUCUAAUGUGAAAGAAGGAGGAGCUUAUGACUUUGAUUCAGGUACUUCACAACAGAAGAGGAGGAGAGUUUCUACUACGAAGGUUUGGGAUGUUGAUUCUGAACAAGAAGAACACUCUCUCUCACUAUCACAGCAUUCAUCACCAUCUCAAUCUGAUCAAGAACAGACUCUUGGUCAAAGAUCAAAUGCUUCUGUCACCGAUUCGCAGCAGCGUCUUCUGUUCAAACAGAUGAAUCAAACCCCAACCAAUUGUCCAUACAACAAUGACUUGAGUAACAAGAAAUCUAUGAAGGAUAUCGCUCAGGGAAAUCCACAAAAUCUUCCUUCUCUAGUUCAUCAGCCAAAGCAAGAACAGUGCCACCUGAUUGGUGCUGAAGUUCGAGGUAAAAUAGAUGGAGCCUUUGACUCAGGUUUACUCAUGACUGCAUCCGUGAAUGGAGAGAUUUUCAGAGGGGUCUUAUUUGCUCCGAUACAGCAGGCAGUAAAGGUGGUUGAAACAAAUUGCUCUCUAACUACUCAAACUCAACCACCAUUUGUGAACUCCAACUCAGAUCAUUCCCCACAAAUCAGGCGAGGCGCUCGGUCGUCGAUACUAUUCAAGGAACAUAGAGCAAAUAAGAGUGAUCUUGAAGGGUUGCUUUUGACACUUGGAGGACCUGCUAGCGCAAAUAAUCCUGAGGAGGUAGAUUAUUUAGGAAGCAAAUAAAUAAGCUUUGAUUUGUGUGUUUUUGAUUUGCAUCAGUUGUCAGUAUAAUCUGUUUCCCACUUAACCAAAC